GGAGGGCGGAGCGGCUGCAGAUCGCGAGGGACAUGUGGACACUCGGUCGCCGAGCGGCUGCCGGCCUCCUGCCCCGCUCCGGGCCCCGAGGCUCUGCCCAGGCCCGCGCCAGGGCUCCGCGGCCGACGGAAGGUCCCCAGCCUUAUGGCUGCCGGGGUCUGCGCACCGGGACCGCCGCGGCCCGCGCACGCAACCAGUCGAGUGUGAGCCUCCGCUGCCUCAACCAGAUUCUGAAUGUCAAAAAGCAGAGCAUCUGUUUGAUGAAUUUGAGGACAACAGGAACUUUGGGCAAUGCUGGCUCUCUGGAUGAUACCACCUAUGAAAGGCUGGCCGAGGAGACGCUGGACUCCUUAGCAGAGUUUUUUGAAGACCUUGCAGACAAACCUUUCACAUUUGAAGACUAUGAUGUCUCCUUUGGGAGUGGCGUUUUAACAAUUAAACUGGGUGGAGAUCUAGGAACCUACGUGAUCAACAAGCAGACCCCAAACAAGCAAAUCUGGUUAUCUUCACCAUCCAGUGGCCCCAAGCGCUACGACUGGACGGGGAGGAACUGGGUGUACUCCCACGACGGUGUGUCCCUCCACGAGCUGCUGGCCACGGAGCUGACGACGGCCUUAAAAACCAAACUGGACUUAUCUUCUCUGGCCUACUCUGGGAAAGGCACUUGCUGCCCAGCCUAGUGCUAAAGACAUUAAAAGCUCUACAGCCAAGACCCCAGCUUUGGCCUUCAGCCAAAUGGCUAGUUUUUUCCAUUCUUGCCUUUGAGGACAGUUAUAUUGUGUGUAGCUGCUCUGUGAAAAGACUGUGUGGCCUCUCGCCCUGCCCCUGAUUAAUUUCCAUAGAGUUUUUUUUUUUUUUGGAUUUGUCUGCUUUCCUUCUUCAUGUGAUACCCCUGAUCCCUUGUAAUGUCUGUAUGUCCAUAACUUUAUGUAUAACCACACAACAAAGAAAAAUAAGAAGGACAAAUACCAGGGGGAGAAAUGAAUUGGCUUCACUAUUCAUUCUUUGAAGGACUUAACUACAAAAACUGCAGGAAGUGAGACUGGCCAGCCUCGCCAUCCUGUCUCAAAAUGAGACUCAUUAAAGGGUGGCCUAAGGGAGUUCCCAUUGUGGCGCAGCAGAACCGAAUCUAACUAGUAUCCAUGAGAAUGCGGAUUUGAUCCCUGGCCUCCAUCAGUGGGUUGGGAAUCCGGUGUUACCAUGAGCUGUGGUGUAGGUCACAGACUUGGCUCAGCUCCCGCGUUGCUGUGGCUGUGGUGUAGACCGGCAGCUGCAGCUCCAAUGUAACCCCUAGCCUGGGAACCUCCAUAUGCCACGUGUGGCCCUAAAAAGCAAAAAAAAAAAAAAAAAGGGUCGCCUAAAAAGUUCCUGCUCCUCUUGAAAGUGUAAACACUUCUAAAUGCAUUAGUAUUGAAGCAUCAGUGGCAACUGGAGAAUUCUCACUCCCAAGACCAUUUUCUCUCUGUGCUUUGUGACUGCAGGGUGUGGUCCACUCGGGGUAACACAGGGAGAUGUGGUGCUGUGUCUUCUAUAUGGACACAUAUUUGUACGUACAUUUACCUGUGUGUAUACAUACAUAUUUUUUUAAGGGUCAGUGUACAAUAAGCUAUUGCAGCACUGGUCUGAAAAUGCAAAAAAUCUCCCAGUGAUGAGAGGAGAAAGCCCUCUCCAUAAGCUUAUAGGUGUAGUAUAAUAAGGUAAUGGAGCUGAGAUGCUUAAACUGUGAAGGACCACAUGAAUGAAAGAUGUUUGUAAAUGAAAGGAACCCUGGUCCUACACUUGGCUAAGCCCCAAAGUAGCAGUCUCUGGGCAAGUUUUUUUCCAACUUCCUGGACAACUCUCCAUGUUAACUGAGAAGGCUGAAAUGGAUAAAAUAUAGUUGAUUCUCAAUUCAGACAUUUAAUGGUCCCGUCGGCAUCUUAACAGGCUAGCUUGAAUUCCCUCCAGUAGAGGAGAUGUCAAUGAACAGGAGUGUUUUUUUUGUUGUUGUUGUUUUUUAAGUUACAGAGUAAAUAUAUGGUUUAAGAUAUUUUCCUACUUGAAUUUCAGUUGAAUUCAUAUUCAUAUAAUCAUCUUUUAUUGUGCCCUUACUGUGCUAGGCCUGUGCUGUGGAUUGAACGUUUAGCUGUUGAUCCAACCACCAGCCACAGCCCUUGGGAAUGGGAUUAGUACCCUUAUAAGAGAGAAGACGGCUGUGUAUGAACCAGAAAGCAGGCCUUUACCAGAUCCCCAGUCUGUGGGGUCUGGAUCUUGGUCUUCCCAGCCUCCAGAACUGUGAGAAAUAAACUUGUUUAUAAGGUG